AUGUCUGAACGACUUCUGCACUUCCUAAAGAGUCGUGGGUGUAACCGCGUCGGUCGACUGAGUGGCAGACGGAAGAAGGCGAAGAAGAAGAAGACGAACCGGCGACAAAACAACUGUCGGUCGCCAGUCACCGCGCCUACCAGCUGGCGACUUCGUGUGUGGGGCUUGUCUACUGCCACUGUUGCUGCUGCGGCUGCUGCAUUGAGCAUCACAGAAAAAAUGUCAAAAUAA